GAAAAAACCCAGCAAGUGUCCUGAAACUCGUGAUCGAUUUUUACUGGUCGGUUGCUCUACCUUAGCUCACAAGCCCGAUGCUGGAUAUUGGCCAAAAUGCGAAAGAUAAGAAAGCCCGCGCAAUUCCUUUCCCAACUUGUAUUAAUAUAUAAUACCCCUUUCAAUCGUUUGGAAAACACACGGAACGAGCGAACCCAAAAACAUUUGGCGGCAAAAGCAACACGGAGCCUCAUUGAUCGAACUCCACAGGUUCCAGAUCCUGCAGUCCUAUUGACCAAAAAUAAGCUACCAAGCGAUUAUGAACUCUUGAUAUACUGGGGAAAAAGGAAUGUUCUCAAAGAAAAGGUUACUGAAGAAGAGAAGGUCAAGGUUUUCCCUAAAGCUGAAAAUAAGAAGGGUAUACUAUCAAAUUACGUUGAACAGAGUCUGUUAGGUUUUGGGCUGUCCGGAAUUGCUAUUGCAAUCAGAAUGCACCUUUUUGCUCUGGGACAUUGUAGUUUGCCAUCCUCCUGGCAGCAUCAAACUUACAAUUCAAUGCUUGAAGAGGAACAAGCUUUACAAGCAACAUAUACAACAUCUUGGAGAAUGAAACCUGUUUAUCUUUCUCUGUACAGCUGCCUAAUGAUGAAUUGGAGGCUGAGCCCGAAGGACUCGAGGAAGCUGAGCUGGAGGAACAGCUUUAAACCGUGAGGUUCACGAGCUUGCUGAUUCGCAGGGGGAGAUGGCCCUUCAAAGAGGCAUGGGCGGAUGCAAAUGGAGGUGAGUGUGUGUGGCCGGGCCUAGGCCCACACUCAAAUUUUGGAUGAAUAUAAUGUUUAUUAGAGGAAAUAUAAGGAUUUGCCAUCCAAAACCAAAUUACUCCAGUGAAUAUUAUUGUAUUUAAGAGUUUGUUGCUUUGAAUUCCAUGGACGAACUGAAAUUAACAAAAACAAAUCAUUCACAAUCCUCAUUACCAUUUUAGCAUUACAUUUACAUCACUUUCUUUCUUUCUUUUUCUUGUUAUUCUAUUAUUUAUUUUUUUUAUGUAAUUUUUAUUGUCUUAUUAUGUGUGAAUUGAA